CCUCUGCGGUGCCAUAGCACAUGGAUUUCAAAACCGCCUGUGAGGAGACAAAGACGGGGGUUUGUUUGCUGCAGGAUGGUUAUCAGGAGCCUUUCAAAGUCCGGCUGCACCUAGCCAAGGAUAUCCUGAUGAUCCAGGAGCAGGAUGUGCUGUGUGUGUCUGGUGAGCCUUUCUAUUCUGGUGAAAGAACGGUGACCAUCCGAAGACAAACAGUAGGAGGAUUUGGACUAAGCAUAAAGGGAGGAGCAGAACAUAACAUUCCAGUUGUUAUUUCAAAAAUCUCCAAGGAACAGAGAGCGGAACUUUCGGGACUGCUCUUUAUUGGAGACGCCAUUCUACAGAUAAAUGGAAUUAAUGUGAGAAAAUGCAGACAUGAAGAAGUGGUUCAGGUUCUCCGGAAUGCUGGUGAAGAAGUGACUCUCACAGUGUCAUUUUUAAAAAGAGCUCCUGCUUUCCUCAAACUCCCAUUGAACGAAGAUUGCGCAUGUGCUCCGAGUGACCAGAGCAGCGGCACCUCCUCCCCGCUUUGUGACAGUGGCUUACACCUCAACUACCACCCCAACAACACAGACACGCUGUCCUGCUCGUCCUGGCCAACCUCUCCGGGCCUGAGGUGGGAGAAGCGCUGGUGCGACCUCAGGCUGAUCCCGCUGCUGCACGCACGCUUCUCUCAGUACGUGCCGGGGACCGACCUGAGCCGGCAGAAUGCCUUUCAAGUCGUGGCUGUGGACGGGGUCUGCAGUGGGGUCAUUCAGUGCCUCUCGGCUGAAGACUGUAUAGACUGGCUGCAAGCAAUAGCAACUAAUAUCUCCAACCUCACAAAGCACAACAUUAAAAAAAUCAACAGAAACUUUCCUGUAAACCAGCAGAUCGUCUACAUGGGCUGGUGUGAAGCACGAGAACAAGACCCUCUACAAGACCGAGUGUACUCGCCGUCUUUUCUUGCCCUCAGGGGUUCGUGUCUUUACAAGUUCCUAGCACCUCCAGUGACCACUUGGGACUGGACCCGAGCAGAGAAAACAUUCUCAGUUUACGAAAUCAUGUGCAAGAUUCUCAAGGACAGCGACCUGCUGGACCGGCGGAAACACUGCUUCACCGUGCAGUCCGAGUCCGGGGAGGACCUCUACUUCUCCGUGGAGCUGGACUGCGACCUGGCCCAGUGGGAGAGAGCCUUCCAGACCGCCACCUUCUUAGAAGUGGAACGGAUACAGUGCAAGACGUAUGCGUGUGUGCUGGAGAGCCAUCUGAUGGGGCUCACGAUCGACUUCAGCACCGGGUUUAUCUGCUUUGACGCCGCAACUAAGGCUGUACUUUGGAGGUAUAAAUUUUCUCAGCUCAAAGGUUCUUCAGAUGAUGGGAAGAGCAAAAUCAAAUUUUUGUUUCAGAAUCCAGAUACCAAACAGAUUGAAGCAAAGGAGCUGGAAUUUUCCAAUCUGUUUGCCGUCCUUCACUGCAUCCACUCGUUCUUCGCCGCCAAAGUCGCCUGCUUGGACCCUCUGUUUCUAGGCGGCCAGGCCACCGCGCCCGCCGCCGCCGGCUCCGCUGGGACAAGCAAGGCCAAGUACCCAGCCUGACCUGCUGCCCGAGCUCACACUGACUGUGGUCGGCCAGCCAGGAGAGACGUGGCCAUUGCAGACCCCGAGACCACCCUUCACCACUCAGCCGUGGAGCAAAGCCGAAAUGCCAGCAGUUACAGCGGAGGUCACAUGGCAGGGCAAACACAGUUCCCGGAAGGCAUCGGUGAACGCCCCCGAGGGGAAGGAACAGCUUGCCCUCCGCGGCUGCUCUGUACCGGUAUACCGCUUCACCAAACGGAGACCCAAGGCUGGAUGACUUCAAGAAGUAUGUAAAUGAUAUAAAAAUGUAAGCUACCUAUAAAUAAAAAAUCCAGUUAAAUGGUUAUUUCUGUAUUCUAGAUUAUUUUGUAUGACAACAUAUGUUGGCCAGACCAUGAACUGAUGCCCAAUCAUUAUAUUAUGAAUGACAUAAAAGACAUAAAAACAUGGGCAGCGAGGAGCAUGCAAAAAAUCUCAUCAAAGAAAGAAGCACUUUAAUUUGCUGAUGUGAAUUUCCUCCUUGAAUUCUCACUCCAGGAUUCGAUGCUGGCACGUCAGUGUUACCUGAUCGUAGAAUAUUCCUAAGAACUGCAGAGGGGUAAUUACAUUGGCCCACAGUAGACACCUUGCGAAAUGGACCUUCCCCCUGGGAUCACACUUACUAAGAUGCUUUAUUAACUGCCAGUGUCACCAAAUAUGCCAAAAACGUAUUAAUUUAAGUAUGAAUAAUGGAAAUAUUCAUGAACCUCUUGUUCUUUCAUUUUAAAGAGAUUUAUAUUUUACCUAAUGGGAUUUAUUAUCAAAUUAAACUUUCAUAAAUUUUCAGUGACCCCACAAGUUUUUGUAGAGAGAAUACUAUCAACAAAUCUGAUGCGAGAAAUAAUUCUUUGUAAUUGUAACUCUAACAGUUACCUGUGAAAUGAGCUGUCCCUGUAAACAGUCAAAAAGCUAUUAUUUAUGUUAGCUGAGCAACAUAUUUUCAUUUCAGUGAUAUUUUUAUGAAAAAAUAAUGUGAGGUUUGAAAAUAAAAGUUAAAAUCUGUAUCUCGCCAUAUCAUGAAAAGUGAUUAAGGAAUGCCAAACCACGCGCGUUCUUUAAGCAUCUCAUCUUAAGAACGUAAAUGUGAAGGGGCCGGAAGGCGAAAGCUCUGAGGAUUUGCCAGAAGACUCAAUCCAGACAAUAUGUCACUCCUGCAUUAUAUAGAAGACAUUCUCAAUCCUUCCUACAACUUCACUGCUUCUCAACCAGCAGCUGUCUAUUAAAAGAAAAAAAACUUACCUUUUCUUCACACAUCUGCUCCCAACUAAAGCAAACAUUAGUUGUUUCCUUGUGAAGAUAACCAAGCAGUUAUAACCAUUAAAGUGCUUUUUUAUUUAUCUUUGUUUUUGUUUCUUUAAAAAAAAAAAUUACC